AUGUUGGCUUUCCUAAAGAUAUGGAAGCGUGACUGGACGGAACUGGGGCAGUUACUGAAAGUUAGAAUCAAUACAGAGCUGUCGGUUUACCAAGCUGCAGCGGGGUUACAAAUCAAGAGUCUUUCAUCUGUUGAUUUGAAUGGGAAGUCAUCGAAGAGGUUGUGCAUUGUUGAUAGAAGCUCUGCUGCAUGUCUUGCUCAUUCGCUUCAAACCCCUCGUGAUAAGUACUGUGCUCGGGUACAUUAUUUGUUUGCCUCCUACAGCUGGGGCGUAUCUUGGCAGAGACUUGGGGCAGAUUUUCUAGGACCUCUACUUCUUGCUGUGGCUGAAAUAUGUUCAGAUUUUGAUCCUACUGUAUAUGUGGAACCUGCACUUUUGAAGCUAUUUCGCAAUUUGUGGUUCUAUGUCACUCUCUUUGGGUUAGCACCUCCAAUACAAAAAACUCUAUAUAUGUACCUUAAAGAUGGAGGAAAAACCAACCUAUUAAAAUUUGGAAGGCUCAUAAAGCGGCAGUCCAAGAGUUAUCGAACUACAAAGGCACUGAUGUUAAAACUUGAAGAUCCUACACCAUAUUGCUUUGGAUACGAAUGAACAAUGGCAGUUUUGUUUAUGGUAAUCCAGGUUUAAGUGACACAACUCUGCACAUACUUUUGAAGAGCAUACA